AUGUCGAAAAGAACGGCAGACGCAGCCGAGGAUGGCCCCCUCAAGGACCGCGACAGGCCUGAGAAGAUGGACGUGGACGAUGCGACCAAGGACAUGGGCGAGUUUGAGGACGAGUUUGAAGACGAAUUCGAGAGCGAGGACGAGAUCCUCGAGGCCGGCGUCGACGGCCGCCCAGACGCGGAGCGCGAGGCCGAGGAGAAGGAUGCCAUGGAGGUAGACCAGGGCACCUUCAUCGUCGGCCGCAACAAGCUCGAGGCCGGCCAGACGCUCGCGCCCGACCCGACCACCUACGAAAUGUUCCACAGCCUCAGCACGCCCUGGCCCUGCCUGUCGUUCGACGUGCUCAAGGACGGGCUGGGCGACAACCGCAAGACCUACCCGGCCACCAUGUACACCGUGGCGGGCACGCAGGCCGAGACGGCGCGCACGGGCGAGAACCAGCUCAUGGUCAUGAAGUUCAGCGGGCUGAGCAGGAUGAACAAGGGCGACGGGGACGAGUCGAGCGACGACGACGACGACGAUGACGAGGACGCCGACCCCAUCCUCGAGAGCAAGACCAUCCCCCUCAAGUCGACCACGAACCGCGUGCGCGCGACCCAGCUGCCCAGCCAGGAGGCCGGGCGGCCGGGCACGACCCUGACGGCGACCAUGUCCGAGUCGAGCGACGUCUACAUCCACGACAUCACGCCUCACCUCGAGUCCUUCGACACGCCCGGGUCGACCAUUACCGCGCAGCAGAACAAGCCCCUCUCGACGAUCCGCGCCCACAAGGCCGAGGGCUACGCCGUCGACUGGUCGUCCACCGUGCCGGGCAAGCUGCUGACGGGCGACAACGACGGCCUCAUCUACGUGACGUCGCGCUCCGACGGCGGCGGCUUCCAGACGGACAACCGGCCCUUCCAGGGCCACACGGGCAGCGUCGAGGAGCUGCAGUGGUCGCCGUCGGAGACUAGCGUCUUCGCCUCGGCCUCGAGCGACGGCACGGUGCGCGUCUGGGACAUUCGCUCCAAGGCACGCAAGCCGGCCAUCACCAUGCAGGUCUCGCAGCACGACGUCAACGUCAUGUCCUGGUCACGGCAGACGUCGCACCUGCUCGCCACGGGCGCCGACGACGGCACCUGGGCCGUCUGGGACCUGCGCCAGUGGAAGACGAGCAGCGACAGCCCCCAGCCGCUCGCCAGCUUUGACUACCACAAGGAGCAGGUCACCAGCGUCGAGUGGCACCCGACCGACGACUCCAUCGUCGCCGUCGCCGCGGGCGACAACACCGUCACCCUCUGGGACCUGGCCGUCGAGCUGGACGACGAGGAGGCCAAGGGCGCCGGUGUCCCCUCGGACGUUCCGCCCCAGCUGCUCUUUGUGCACUACCUCAAGGACGUCAAGGAGGUGCACUGGCACCCGCAGAUCACGGGCAGCCUCGUCGCCACCGGCGAGGAGUUUAGCGUGUUCCGCACGAUUAGCGUGUGA